GUCGGGCGGGGAAGCGGCGCCAGCCCGGACCCCCCCGCGGGAGGAGGCGGCUGGCGAGAAGACGAGGCAGCGGCAGCAGCAGACAGGGAGCAGCGGCUGCUGGGAUACUGUCUGCAGCCUUUCUCAGGUGUUUCACCGUGAAUUGUUGGGUGUCAGACUGGACGAGGUAUCUAAGUGGAAGUUGCAGCAUUUGAAAAAUUAGAGACUACUGAAAAGAAGGUGCUUUUUGAGCUGGAGAUGUGAAUAAGACUCCUGUGCCAGAGCUCAUAAAUCAUCUUCACAGAAGGGCACUCAUCCUCCCCCUACUGACACUGUCCUUGACACCUGCCACUGGAAAGGACACAGCCUUUGGAGAAGGCAGGCUUGGAUAAAAUGACUGUCAUCUUGGAAGAUCAUUACUAUCGGAAGGCCGGUUAGCAGCAGUUUCCUAACAGAUACUUGACCACCAUUAGUUCUGGCAUGGCGCAAAGCAGUCCACAGCUUGAUAUGCAGGUUCUCCAUGACCUCCGACAACGUUUCCCGGAGAUUCCAGAGGGUGUCGUGUCUCAAUGCAUGUUACAGAACAACAACAAUCUCGAAGCCUGUUGCCGAGCCCUUUCCCAGGAGAGCAGCAAAUACUUAUAUAUGGAAUACCAUAGUCCAGAUGACAACAGGAUGAAUCGAAAUCGCCUUUUGCAUAUUAAUCUGGGUAUCCAUUCUCCUAGUAGCUACCACCCAGGAGAUGGAGCCCAACUUAAUGGUGGUCGAACACUGGUACAUAGCUCAAGUGACGGGCAUAUUGAUCCACAGCAUGCAGCAGGUAAACAGCUCUUCUGCUUAGUUCAGGAACCACACUCCGCUCCAGCUGUUGUGGCUGCUACUCCAAACUACAAUCCAUUUUUUAUGAAUGAACAGAACAGAAGUGCAGCUACUCCUCCUUCACAGCCACCUCAACAGCCAUCUUCCAUGCAAACAGGAAUGAAUCCAUCUGCUAUGCAAGGGCCUUCACCACCGCCACCUCCUUCAUACAUGCACAUACCUCGGUAUAGUACAAAUCCAAUUACUGUUACGGUAUCCCAAAACCUCCCUUCUGGACAGACUGUACCAAGAGCUUUACAAAUUCUUCCACAGAUUCCAAGCAAUCUCUAUGGGCCUCCUAGUUCUAUUUAUAUUAGACAGACAUCUCAGAGUUCAUCAGGAAGACAAACUCCUCAGAGUACGCCAUGGCAGUCCUCCCCACAGGGCCCAGUGCCUCAUUACAGCCAACGUCCUUUGCCUGUUUAUCCACAUCAACAGAACUAUCAGCCUUCUCAGUAUUCUCCCAAACAGCAGCAGAUUCCUCAACCUGCUUACCAUUCACCACCUCCUUCUCAAUGUCCUUCACCCUUCAGCUCUCCACAGCAUCAAGUACAACCUUCCCAGUUGGGCCAUCCAAGUUCCCACGUCUUUAUGCCACCUAGUCCUUCCACUACUCCACCCCAUCCAUAUCAACAAGGACCUCCUAGCUAUCAGAAACAGGGAAGCCAUUCUGUAGCCUAUCUCCCAUAUGUACCAUCCAGCUUACCCAAAGGAUCCAUGAAGAAGAUAGAAAUCACAGUGGAACCCUCUCAGAGACCUGGGACAGCAAUGAAUAGGAGUCCUUCACCUAUCAGUAAUCAACCGUCUCCACGGAACCAGCACUCCCUGUACACAGCCACUACUCCACCUUCAAGUUCUCCUUCAAGAGGAAUACCCAGUCAACCGAAACCUCCAUUUAGUGUUAAUCCUCUGUAUAUUACGUAUACGCAGCCAACUGGACCUUCCUGUGUUCCAUCACCAUCUCCUCGAAUGAUACCAAACCCAACUACAGUUUUUAAAAUUACCGUAGGUCGAGCAACGACUGAAAAUCUUUUAAAUUUAGUGGACCAAGAAGAACGUUCUGCAGCCCCAGAGCCUAUUCAGCCCAUUUCAGUGAUACCUGGUUCUGGGGGAGAAAAGGGAAGCCAUAAAUACCAGAGGAGUUCUAGUUCUGGAUCAGAUGACUAUGCCUAUACACAAGCCUUGCUGUUACAUCAGCGAGCAAGGAUGGAGAGGUUAGCAAAGCAGUUGAAACUUGAGAAAGAGGAGCUAGAGCGGUUGAAGGCCGAAGUUAACGGUAUGGAGCAUGACCUGAUGCAGAGACGGCUCCGAAGGGUCAGCUGCACCACUGCGAUCCCCACGCCUGAGGAAAUGACAAGAUUGAGAAGCAUGAACAGACAACUCCAGAUAAAUGUUGACUGUACACUGAAAGAAGUUGACCUCCUUCAAUCUAGAGGAAACUUUGAUCCAAAAGCUAUGAAUAAUUUUUAUGACAACAUAGAACCUGGCCCAGUUGUACCACCCAAGCCAUCUAAAAAAGACUCAGCAGACCCUUGCACAAUUGAGAGGAAAGCCCGAAGAAUUAGCGUGACCUCCCAAGUACAGGCAGAUGUCCAUGAUGCCCAGGCAGCAGCUGCAGAUGAGCAUCUAACUGGCUCCAAGCAGGGUGCUCGGACCCAGCCCCGAGAUGAAGACUACGAAGGGGCUCCGUGGAAUUGUGACAGCUGCACCUUCCUGAACCACCCUGCCCUGAACCGCUGUGAGCAGUGCGAGAUGCCACGGUACACUUGAACUCGGAUGGGUCUGCGUCAACUCUAGAACGACACUCUGAGCACCCACUUGAAGACCAGAAACCCUUGGGAAUCUGUUCAGCUGCGCGGGUUCCCGUGGGGACGAGGCAGGACGCGGUGGCGGCCUGUGCUCACUAAGGGAAGACUGGGGAGUUCUCUAUGGUUUGG